GGCAGCUCCGACAGGGAGUCCUGCGUCCGAGGAAAUGGGGAGAGGCCCGCGGAGGCCGGGCCCUAGUCCCGGAAGCGGGGCGCGAGCGCGGUGGGGUCGCUGAGGUCUCGCACACCGCGGCCCGGGCGGGUCUAGCUCCCCGCUCCUGGCCUCAGCCCUCCCCCGGGCGCCCAUUGGCCCGCACCCCCGGCUCCCGAGCGCGCGGGCGGGGGGCGCUGGGCCGCCGCCGGGCUCCUGCCCCCGGCCCGGCUCGGCGCUGGAGGCGGCGCCUCUCCCGCAGCACCGAGCGCAGGGCGGGUGGCGGGGGGCUGCGGCGGGCGGGGGCCGCGGCUCCGGGAGAGCACACGCAGGCACACAGCCGCACCCGCACACACACACAUACACACGCGCGCACACACACACACACACACACACACACACACACACCCGCACACACACACAUACGCGCGCGCACACACCCGCAGACACACAGGCGCACACGCGCGCACACACACCCGCAGACACACACACACGCACACACGCGCACACACGGGCGCCGAGAGCCGGGCUCGGCGCGCUCCGGGCGCACAAGCUCUCCGUCCUUCUCCCGCCGCGCGGGCGCGCCUCCCCGCAGAGUCCGCCCCGGCCGGCCGCCGGCCAAGCCCCGUCGGGAGCAGCCUGUGAACACGGCGGGCUGACGGGGCGCCGAGCAUCAUGGGCAGCGUCGGCCGAGUCUCGCUGGCUGCUCUCCUCCUGCUGCCUCUGCAGGCCACCGCCAUGCACUCGGACUGCAUCUUCAAGAAGGAGCAGGCCUCGUGCCUCAAGAAGAUCCAGCGGGCAAAUGACCUGAUGGGCCUCAACGAGUCAUCGCCAGGCUGCCCUGGAAUGUGGGACAAUAUCACGUGCUGGAAGCCGGCCCAAGUCGGGGAGAUGGUCCUGGUCAGCUGCCCUGAAUUCUUCCGCAUCGUCAACCCUGACCAGGCCUGGGAGACGGGAACCCUCGGCGAGUACGAUGGCUUCGCAGACAGUAGCUCCUUGACUCUCUCAGAUGUGGGAGUGGUGAGCCGGAACUGCACGGAGGAGGGCUGGUCGGAGCCGUACCCCCAUUACUUCGAUGCUUGUGGGUUCAUUGAUGAUGAAUGGGAGGCGGGUGACCAGGACUAUUACUACCUGUCGGUGAAGGCGCUGUACACGGUCGGCUACAGCACGUCCCUUGUCACGCUCACCACUGCCAUGGUCAUCCUGUGCCGCUUCCGGAAGCUGCAUUGCACCCGCAACUUCAUCCACAUGAACCUGUUCGUGUCCUUCAUGCUGCGGGCCAUCUCGGUCUUCAUCAAGGACUGGAUCCUCUACGCCGAGCAGGACAGUAAUCACUGCUCCAUCUCCACCGUGGAGUGCAAGGCGGUGAUGGUGUUCUUCCACUACUGCGUCGUCUCCAACUACUUCUGGCUGUUCAUUGAGGGCCUGUACCUCUUCACCCUGCUGGUGGAGACCUUCUUUCCUGAGCGCACGUACUUCUACUGGUACACCAUAAUCGGCUGGGGGACCCCCACGGUGUGUGUGACGGUGUGGGCUGUGCUGCGGCUUUACUGCGACAACACGGGCUGCUGGGAUAUGAACGACAACACAGCCCUCUGGUGGGUGAUCAAAGGUCCUGUUGUUGGUUCCAUAAUGGUUAACUUUGUGCUCUUCAUUGGCAUCAUUGUCAUCCUGGUGCAGAAACUUCAGUCUCCGGACAUGGGAGGAAACGAGUCCAGCAUCUACUUCAGCUGCGUGCAGAAAUGCUACUGCAAGCCACAGCGGGCGCAGCAGCACUCUUGCAAGAUGUCAGAACUGUCCACCAUUACUCUACGGCUGGCCCGCUCCACGCUGCUGCUCAUCCCGCUCUUCGGCAUCCACUACUCCGUGUUCGCCUUCUCCCCGGAGAGCGUCAGCAAGAGAGAGAGACUCGUGUUCGAGCUGGGGCUGGGAUCCUUCCAGGGCUUCGUGGUGGCUAUUCUCUACUGCUUUCUCAACGGGGAGGUGCAGGCCGAGAUCAAGCGCAAGUGGCGCAGCUGGAAGGUGAACCGCUACUUCGCCGUGGACUUCAAGCACCGGCACCCGUCCCUGGCCAGCAGCGGGGCGAACGGGGGCACCCAGCUCUCCAUCCUGAGCAAGAGCAGCUCCCAGAUCCGCAUGUCCGGCCUCCCAGCCGACAACCUGGCCACCUGAGCGCCCCCUUCGUCCCGGGGCGGGCUGCAGCGGGGGCCCUGCAUGUCCCGCUGUCCCCCGCGCCUGGCGGGCCCUGGACAGGGGCGAGGCUCCCCGGGGGAGGGGCAAGGUAGCAGGGUGCGAGCGGGUGUGGCUCUCGCUGUGUGACUGCCCUCACCCCGGCUGCCCAGCCGACCCCCGCGUGUAAAUACCCUCGGCCCCCCCUGAGCCGCCCUCUCUCCUGCGCCUGUGCUCCUGCUCGCCCAAGGUCCGGCUUGCCUUCCCGUGUCCACCAGCUGCCGUCACUUAGCCCUGGCCAGAGGCUGCGGACCUGUCCUGGCGGGUGCUGGGUGCAGCUUGCUGGACAGCCCCCCUGGUGUCUGGCCUCACGUGGCCCUGUGGUCAGCUGGAGCGCCCCCACACUGGCCAGCUCGGGCCUCACCCUGGGCGGACGCACAGCUGCAGGCCCUCUGCUACCAGAGACUCGGGUCUGGACUUUGGACGUGGAGUUGACAUCAGGGGCAGUCCUGGUGCUUCUGACCGGGCCCACGGAGAUGUGCUGGGAGCAGGGAGAGUGACUGGAACUGGAGAAGACAGGGGAAGCGUUUCAGCGUCCUGUGGCCCGUCUCUGAGCACAGUGGGUCCCCUGCCCGCUCCCCUGCCUUCAGCCCAGGGAACUGCGAAGCGCCCCCACCCCUCCCCGUUAAGUCAAAGCCAUGUCUGGUGAACCUGUGCCAUGUCAGUGUGUCCCCCCCCACGGUUCAUGCGUCCCAACCUAUGCACGCCCCAGGCAGAGUGCACGUCGGCAGAGACCUCCGCCCCAGGCAGAGUGCACGUCAGCAGAGACCCUCACCUCUGUGUGCUUUCUCAUGGGCACUCCAGGGUGCCAGGUGGCCUCACCAGUGCGGAAGGCCACCACUUCCGCCCUGUCCGUUAGCAGAAAUUGCUGACGGAGGAGGAGCAGCUGGUCUUCCUGCCCUGGUCCUGACUCCCCAGAGCCACUUCGGGAAGGGGCCAGGAGAGGGCAGGGCCGAGCGGGGUGGGGCGGGGUCAAGGGGAGUGGGCGGGGCCGAGCCGGGGGCGGAGCUUGAGAGAGCCACGGUGGAACCCUGUUCUCUCCAUCCCUAGGUCCCUUGGUCCUUCCAUCCGUGUGCGUUUGCAGACUUGUUCCAUGAGCACGUUCUGGAAGCUUGGGGAACUGGGUGGCGCGGGUGUUGCUUAGCUGGGUCCUGUAAGGAGGAGGGCCCGGAGUGCUUGGGGAAAUGCUUCUGGAGAGGCCUCUGCAUGGCUGGAGUUGGGCCCAGGGCCUGGAUUCCGACUCAGGCGCCGCGUUCUGGACGGGAGACGCACUGACAGUCCUGGGUCUUGCGUCCUAGGCCUGAUGUUCCUGCAGUUGCAUGGCUGCUCCGCUCUUCCGCCCCCAACCCCUCCCGCCUGCUCGGGGAACCCUGUGUGUUCCCUCACCCAAGGGUACUUGGCACCCCCUGGGAGAGCCCCGGCUGCUUUCUAAGGAAGAGCCUGAGAGUGGACGUGAGAGAAGCAGAACCUGCUAGUGGACUGGGUUUGCUGAGACUGGACAGAGGCUCCAGGGCCUGAGUCGCCUGUGGUGGGCUGCCUUCGAACGCCCUCCAGGCUCUGCACGCCUGUCACUCUGAAGUCGGUAGGCAGGCAGGCCCAAGUCGUGUGUCACUGUCGCGUGUGUCCCUGUCUGUUUGGAGGGAGGAGCUGCGUUGAAUGUGGCAAUGGAGUCUGGGGCCUGGAGAGAAGGGGGGCUGUGGACUGAUGUUCAGGGGCCUAGGGGCGACCUGGGUGAGCGGUAGUCCCUGGAAGUUCCCCACAUCAGCCCCGGGUGUGACUUUGUUCCUGCCUGCUUCUCUGGGGAGGAAGCUGUCUACCUGCCAUCGCAAAACUGCUGGUAUGGGGUCCUGGUGGUGGUCCCCUCUGCAUGUGGUGCUGGUGUCUUGUGAGCCGGGGCCCCCAUGUCUCCUGGAUAUUUCAGCAGGAUGUCCACAGUCCCGGGCAGUGUGGGAGAGCAUGAGGUAAAUGCCUGUCCAUGCAGGGCGCUUGCUUUGCACGGCCCGGGUUCCUGCCCCACACCCUAGGGAUCCCUGAGCAGAGUCAGGAGUAAGCCCAGGGCAUGGCUGGGUGCGGCCCACACUUCACCCCCCAGACGAAAUCAGAGGCGAACGUCCCUUUGCUUUCACCCCUGGAAAGUGGGCAGCAGCCCGUGGGGAGCGAGCUACCCUGGCACCUGGGAACUCGACAAACACCAGCUGUUCUCGGGCCCGUGUGCAGGGCAGCACGGGGAAGCCCCUCGCCUGCUGCAGGUGAGCUGUGAGGAGCAGGACUCCGUGACUGGCUCUCUCUAAAACAGCGUUGCCUGACCUUCCACCACCGUGGCCCCUUCCCACCUGUGUCCUUCCUGUGCCCUCCAGGCCCCCUCCCUGCUGGCCUUGAGUCUCAUGCUGUGCCCUUCUGUUUACGUGAUGUCCAUUUGUGGUCCCCUUGGAAUAACCUGGGGCCCCUGGCCCAGCAAGGGGUUUUGACUCACCCGGGAGGGCCCUGGGAAUGCAGCUGCCUCCCGGCCUGGGGACUGGCCCCACUACAGACCAGGAAGUGACAGGAGAGGGUCCUCGGUCCUGGGGGGCAACGGCACUCAUGGGAACUGAGGCUCCAGGAAGCCCGUGAGGGCUCAGGCUGUGGGAUGGGGGUUCGGGGUGGCCAGCUCAGGGGGCAUCCUCACGGGUGCCCCCCUCUGCCGAGGUGGUUGUGUUUCUGUGUCUGCGUAGGCCACUGACGCAGGGCCCGGUGACCCCUUCUCUACCCACCGCACCUCUCGAAGCCUCCUGGGUGCCCAACCCCCCUCACCCCAGUGCUGCCCUAUGCCAUCAGUCCCGCCUUUCCCAGAGAAAGGCUGGAAGAGGCACCGUGGUUCUGUGCACACCCCUAUCCCACAGUCUCCUGCGGGCCUCAGGCAGUGUGGCUGGUGGCUGGGUUCUCCUAGCGCUGCCCUUGGCACUGCCUGGCCUUGACCUGGGAUUCUCUGGGGAGUCUCGCAGCACCUCCAAAGCACCCACUGGGCUGAUGAACAAAGAGGUGGACGGAGCAGAGCACCCACCCCACGUUGGGCUCAAAUGAGCUUUUCAAACCCGAGCAUGGAAAUGGACCAGUAUGAGCCCAGGCCUGCUAGUGAGCCAUGAGUGGGCCCUGGGUCGGCCUUUGUAGGGACACACUGUGUCUGAGAGCCGGGGGGAUGGCCUGGGUCCAGCUCACCCCUCGCGUGGGUGUCGCCCUGGGCUCAGUCACUGACUCAGAAUGGCAGGGUCCUUGUGUACUGUGGGGGAGAGGGCUCUGGGUGGCGGGGAAGCAGGGGGUUGCACGGCAAGGGGUGCCUCUGCCCCAGCCAGGUGUUACCCCCGCUCUGGGGUCCGGGCCCUCCCUCCUGUCUGAGAUGUGGUACGGAGAGCCACAGGGGGACGCCUUGUACAUGUGACGCUUCUCUGGAAACAGCCAUGGGCUGGGGCCUGGAGCGAAGACCCCCUCAGGGGGCCCUGUGCUGCCCGUCCCCGGCUCUGAUCCCUCCUGGCUUCGUUUCUGCCCCACUUGACCAACCACCAGCACUGGGCAAGGACGAGGCUGGGGGCCCUGAUGGACACACACUUUUUACUUAGCUCCGGCAGCUGCUACCGCGUGUCCUUGAGAUGAGGGGAGAGGGUUCCUUGGAGGGGGUGGCAUGGGAGAGGGGCCAGCACUGCCCUCCCACCGCCUGGGGAACCUUCCUGAGCCUGGAGUGGCUGGGCGGCCUGUCCUUCACUUCCUCCUGGACUCAAAGUCCUGGCACGUGUGUGCUCGACUGUGUGUGUCUCGCUUCCUGUCUGUCUCUGUAGCUUUGCCCUUGAGGGCGGAGGUGGCACAGCCCCUGGCAUCCCGGGCGUGGCUGCCAGCCCACUCUGGGGGUGUCGAGCCUGUCCGGGCUCCACUUCCCGUGAUAAAGACCAACGCCUGCCGCCUCGCGUCUGCCGCUGCCCUCACCUUCGCUCACCUCGUCCGGGAUUGUAAGAAUGUCAAGUCGCUGUAGAUGACUCAAUAAAUGUCUUCUCACUUUU